CAAAAGCUUGCAAAAAAGAAUUUUUCCAACUAUUUUAGUUGGUCUAAUAAAAGAUAGCUUGUAGUGGUAGUUUUACCAGUCUGACUGCAUUUGCUGUGUACUGAGCUACAAGGAAUGGAGCAUGGCUCCUGGCCACUUUCAUUCUUCUUUCAGGAUGGCUUAUCCCAGAAGCCAAUAUGCAAGAACUCCAGUCAGUGAAAAUGCCACGAGACAAUGGGUGAGAAACGAGAUUCUCCUGACACCAGAGAGACCUGGGAGUUGUCAGCAGAUGGAAGCUCGUCACGCUGGUGCCCCAGACAAGGCCCUCCCCAAGGAGCAGGUGCUGGGACCCUGCAGAGAGCUGAGCAGCAGCCUCUUGAGGACGGGUCUGUUAACCUGGAGCUGCAGAGGACUUCCCUGGGGAGACUGGAGGAGAGGGGCUUCCUGACACCUGAGCCAGGCCAAGUGCAGAGGUGGCAGAGCAAACCUGCAAAGCAGGGGGAAAGCUUGGAACUCCGGGAGGUGUUUCAGGACGUGGCUGUGUACUUCACACGGAAGGAGUGGGAGCUGCUUGAAGAUGAGGACAAGGGGAUUUACCAGGACCAGAUGCUGAGGAAUUUCCAAGCCCUCGUCUCCCUGGGACAUCGAGGUCCCACACCCGACUUAAUCUGCCGCAUCCAGCGAGGAUUGGUGGAGCUGUGGGUCUGUGAUGAUGAGGAUGGUGGGGAAAUCUCCAGGUCAGAGGAGCUGCUGCCAGGAGGUGCCUGGCUCCUCGGUGGAGCUGAGGAGGAGAAUCCUGCGGAAAGGCCUGCAAACCUGGAGCCACCAUGGGCUUCCCCAGGGAAUUUUGGUGACAUGGACUCCCUGAGACCUGAGAAGGAUCAACGGACCAAGAGUCAGGGGAGACCCCAGAAGCAGAUGAAGAAUGUAGCGGUGAACCAGCACCAAUGCACCCACCUGGGCAGGAAGACUCACUGCUGCACUAAGUGCAAGAACUUCAUCUGCUGGCAAGACCUGUCCCAGCACCAGUGUGGGCAGCACUGCUGCACCAAGUGUGGGAAGAGAUUCAAGCAGCUCUCCAGCCUGGCCAGGCACUGGUGCAUGCACACAGGGGAGAAGCCACAUCAGUGCUCAGAGUGUGAGAAGAGCUUCACCCGAUCUUCCAACCUGGCCCGGCACCAUCGUAUCCACACACAAAAGAAACCAAAUCAGUGCUCAGUGUGUGGUAAGAACUUCACACUCUCCUCCAGGCUGGCCCAGCACCAGCUUAUCCAUAUGGGGGAGAAGGCACAUCAGUGCUCGGAGUGUGGGAAGAGCUUCAGUCAGUCCUCCAGCCUGGCUGAGCACCAGCGUAUCCACACAGGGGAGAAGCCACAUCAGUGCUUGGGCUGUGGUAAGAGGUUCACUCGCUCCUUCACCCUGGUUCAGCACCAGCGUAUCCACACAGGAGAAAAGCCACAUCAGUGCUUAGAGUGUGGUAAGAGCUUCGCUUACUCCUCCAACCUGGCCCAGCACCAGCUUAUCCACACAGAGAAGAAACCACAUCAAUGCUCGGAGUGCGGUAAGAGCUUCACUCUGUCCUCCAGGCUGGCCCAGCACCAGCUCAGUCAUAUGGGGAAGCCACAUCAGUGCUCAGAGUGUGGGAAGAGCUUCACUUACUCCUCCCGACUGGCCCAGCACCAGCUUAUCCACACAGGGGAGAAGCCACAUCAGUGCUCAGAGUGUGAGAAGAGCUUCACUUACUCCUCCCGACUGGCCCAGCACCAGCUUAUCCACACAGGGGAGAAGCCACAUCAGUGCUCGGAGUGUGGGAAGAGCUUCACUCUCUCCUCCAGGCUGGCCCAGCACCAGCUUAUCCACACAGGAGAGAAGCCACAUCAGUGCUCAGAGUGUGGGAAGAGCUUCGCUGUCUCCUCUAGCCUGGCUAAGCACCAGCUUAUCCACACAGGAGAGAAGCCACAUCAGUGCUCGGAGUGUGGGAAGAGCUUCACCCAAUCCUCCCACCUGGCCCGGCACCAGCUCAUUCAUAUGAGUGAGAAGCCAUAUCAGUGCUCGGAGUGUUGGAAGACUUUCACUGACCCUUCUAGGCUGGCCCAGCACCAGCUUAUCCACACAGGGGAGAAACCACAUCAGUGCUCAGAGUGUGGGAAGAGCUUCACCCAGUCUUCCAGCAUGGCCCGGCACCAGCUCAUUCAUAUGAGGGAGAAGCCACAUCAGUCCCUGGAGUGUAGAAAGAACUUCAGUGUCUCCUCCAGCCUAGCUAAGCACCAGGUCAUUCAUAUGGGGGAGAAGCCACAUAAGUGCUCAGAAUGUGGGAAGAGCUUCGCUCACUCCUCCAGGCUGGCCCAGCACCAGCUUAUCCACACAGGGGAGAAACCACAUCAGUGCUCAGAGUGUGGGAAGAGCUUCACCCAGUCUUCCAGCAUGGCCCGGCACCAGCUCAUUCAUAUGAGGGAGAAGCCACAUCAGUGCUUGGAGUGUGGGAAGAGCUUCACUGCCUCCUCCAGCCUAGCUAAGCACCAGCUCAUUCAUACUGGAGAGAAGCCACAUAAGUGCUCAGAGUGUGGGAAGAGCUUUGCUCACUCCUCCCGGCUGGCCCAGCACCAGCUUAUUCAUACAGGGGAGAAGCCACAUCAGUGCUCAAAGUGUGGGAAGAGAUUCACCCAAUCUUCCAACAUGGCCCGGCACCAGCUCAUUCACAUGAGGGUGAAGCUACAUCAGUGCUUGGAGUGUGGGAAGAGCUUCACUCUCUCUUCUAGCCUGGCGAAGCACCAACGUAUCCACACAGGGGAGAAGCCACAUCAGUGCUCCGAGUGUGGGAAGAGCUUCACUGUUUCCUCCAGCCUGGCUAAGCACCAGCUCAUUCAUAUGGGGGAGAAGCCACAUCAGUGCUCGGAGUGUGGGAAGAGCUUCACUCUCUCCUCCAGCCUGGCUAAGCACCAACGUAUCCACACAGGGGAGAGGCCACAUCAAUGCUCAGAGUGUGGUAAGAGCUUCACCCAGUCCUCCAGCCUGGUUGAGCACCUGCGUAUCCACACAAGAGAAAAGCCACAUCAGUGCUCAGAGUGUGGGAAGAGCUUUGCUUUCUUCUCCAGCCUGGGUAAGCACCAACGUAUCCACACAGGGGAGAAGCCAUAUCAGUGCUUGGAGUGUGGUAAGAGGUUCACUCAGUCCUCUACCCUGUCUCAGCACCACCAUAUCCACACAGGGGAGAAACCACAUCAGUGCUUGGAGUGUGGUAAGAGCUUUGCUCGCUCCUCCAGGCUGGCCCAGCACCAGCUUAUCCCCACAGGGGAGAAGCCAUAUCAGUGCUUGGAGUGUGGUAAGAGCUUUGCUCGCUCCUCCAGGCUGGCCCAGCACCAGCUUAUCCAUGCAGGGGAGAAGCCACAUCAGUGCUCGGAGUGUGGGAAGAGCUUCACUCCCUCCUCCAGCCUGGCUAAGCACCAGCUCAUUCACACAGGAGAGAAGCCACAUUGAUGCUUGGAGUGUGGGCAGAACUUCAACCAGUCCUCCCACCUGUCUGAGCACCAGCUCAUCCACACAGGGGUGAAGCCACAUCAGUGCUCGGAGUGUAGUGAGAGCUUCCCUCACUCCUCCAAAAUGGCCCAGCACCAGUGCAUCCAUAAUUCUUCCAGCUAUGCUGGAAUUGCUUGGAGACAUAUACCUGCUCAGUAGGGCUACGCAAAAUUUCACUAGCAGUCUCAUUUCAACGGUGUUUCGACUCAUGUCAACAUGCAAUAGUUCACCCAUCAUUUGACCCUUUUAGGGCCGUGCAGAACCCGAACAACACAAAGGCCUGACCCUAAGUUUUGAUGAGGGGAGGGGUUUAAAAGAAAUGCUUCAUGCAGAGGCCAGCCCAGAUGCUUGGGGAACUUGUGAGUAGAUGGUCUUUAAAUCAGCCCCAAUCCAUCAUUCUCUAAAAGUAGGCAGUGCUCCCAGGGGGAGAAGAAGUGCCUUCGCAAUAGGAUUCACCCCCUUAUGCAGCUGGCUCUAUAUGACAUCCAGGGCCUGUGCUUCGUAGACUCCCAACUUUGUCCUCCCUUCUGGUCCCCGGGUUCUGGUAUGUGAAGCUCUAGAGUUGCAGGAAGGAGGACAUUUACCGCUGGGCAGGCAUUCUCUGCCUUCCACCCUGACCUUGCCUUUCCUCCCCACCACGUCACCCCCCCUCCCAGGCUCACACAUGCUCACUGGGGUCUGCAAUAAGCUGAUACUGCCACCCCAUGAGCUCAAUUUGGCAGGUUUUGCUUCUCAGCCACUCAUCAGAACUCUGCAUCACCAGGUGCCAGCUGCUGCCCCCCACAAUCCCUUCAUCCCAUUCUCUGUAAUGUAUUCCUUGCUAAUCCAGUCCCACAAUUUAACACUGGGCUGGGAAAUGAUUUGGCUAGAGAGCUGUUUACACAGUUUAGGUAAGCUGCCACAUGGGUAGCCCCAUCCCUUGACAGGUGCUCCACCCCUUAGUUGCCAUAUUGGGACUGGAAGUCCAGCCCCCUAAACCCUGAGCUUUUCCACCAGAAGUCCCUUCCCUUGCCUCAGGAAGCACUUCUUUCAGCAAGGGGGUUUGCCAUCUUGGAACCAGAAAAAUAUCAAAUUAUAUUCUAAAAAUUGAACAUCUACAACAUUCACUAAUUUG